UUUUAUUUGAACUACUCUGUUGUUAGGGAUCAGAACUGCAAAUGUCAACUUAAAAUGGCCUCAUUGAGAUAUUGGUAGAGAACAAGAAAAAACAGCAACGAUAAUAAUGUAUCAUACCAAUUGUUCUCUUGACUAGUGCCGCUAGUUUAUCAUACCAUCACUGAAUUGAACAAUAUAGUUUUAAUAAUUAUUGUUAAGUGUUGUCAUUAAAAAAAAUAUUGUUAUAAAAAUCCAUUCAUCAUAACAGCAACCAAAUGUGAUCCGAAUGAAUCAGACGCAGUACAACAAGAGAAAGCAAGAAAAUUUCAGAACUGGAAAUUGGGUUGGGUGACCAAACUGAUGCCUGUUCUGACACACACACACACGCGCGCGCGCACAGAAAUGGCUUUCGCCUGUAUUUAUGAAAGUUCUAAUUUAAUGAAUAUAUAUUUUACACAGUUAGUCGAAAUUGAAUCAAUAAAUAAAUAAUAUGUGUUUCGAUUUAAAUAUCAGGCAGGCUUUCAGCAAACUAUACGUCACGUCGUAGGACCCCCAAGUUGGAGCGGAUUUCAAAUUUUCAAAACAUCCCUAUAGUCAGCUGUCUGUUGUUUUGGUUGCAGAAUAAGUGUUUGGUGCCCUUUUUAUUCGAAUUAAAAAUUGACUGUUUUAGUUGUUGUGCGCCAUCCGAAAUAGAUUUAAUUUUUCAUUUUGAUGUUAGCUGGUUGUCGCUUGCUAGCUAACGGGCUAACGUUAGUGAGCUAAGUUAUGGAGGGAGAAGAAAACCCUGACGGUUCUGCACUCUCUACCAGUUCGGUACAUGAAGCUCCCAGGGCUCCAACAAUUGAGGACUUCAUUGUAUUGAAGCCUAUCAGCAGAGGCGCCUUUGGAAAGGUUUUUCUAGCACGAAAAAAAUUAAACUCGAGACUUUAUGCAAUAAAGGUGGUGAGAAAGGCGGAUAUGGUCGACAAAAAUAUGACAGAUCAGAUGAAGGCCGAGAGAGAUGCACUGGCUCUCAGCAAGAGUCCUUUCAUCGUGCACUUAUUCUAUUCUCUUCAGACGGUCACCAAAGUGUAUCUGGUGAUGGAAUAUCUUAUUGGUGGGGAUGUUAAAUCACUUCUUCAUAUUUAUGGAUAUUUUGAGGAGGACAUGGCAAUGAAGUACGUGUCAGAGGUGGCUCUUGCUUUGGACUAUCUGCACAGGCACGGAAUCAUUCACAGAGAUCUGAAACCAGACAACAUGCUCGUCUCUAACGAAGGACACAUCAAGCUCACAGAUUUUGGCCUCUCCAAAGUCAAGCUUGAUCGAGAGUUGAAUCUUGUGGAUAUCCUGACGACACCUUCCUUAGUGAAGCCAAAACAAGAUUAUUUCCGUACUCCUGGUCAAGUCUUGUCAUUGAUAAGCUCCCUCGGUCUUAACACUCCUGCGGUGGAAGGCAAGCGUCACAGCAGCGCCUCGGCCGUGUCCAGCCCCAUGUCCUGCGGCAAAGUGGAGCAGCGCAGAAGGUCCUUCUUCUCACCUGUGAUAAUGAAACAGAAGGACCACUUCUUCUCCCCCAUCUGCGCCGACAGAAAGCUCCACGCGUGCUACCCCCACAGCAGUACGUUCAGUCCUGGUCUUCUGGCCAGGAGUUUGACACCGAGGCUCCUCACCUCCAGGAAGAGGAUCGAAACAUCAAGCGCCAGUAGCCAAUCCUGUCUCUUCCCUUCUACCACGGAGUCUGAAGACUGUGUGAGCCCCCUUUGGGAGGAUGAGCUGGAAAUUGAAGAGACCGAGAAUAUUCCUUACCCACACGGGAGAGAUGCAGUUGACAAAGUGGGUGAUCCGUUUCCUUCCUCUAAUCUACCCGGGGAAAAGGUGCAGGGUUUUAGAAAACCCGGCCGUGAUUCUUCUCUGGCUCCUCUGGGCAACCUGGACCUGAGAGCAUGCCCUCCGAGCCUCUUGCCUUGGAAACCUUCCCCGCUCGGCAAACCAGAGUGUUCAUCUGCUCACCCCCGGCCCUCCGUCGUCCAGACCGCCGAGGCCCGGCUGCCCGCCCGGGCCACCUCCGCUCUGAAAAGGGGCUUCGAGCAGGUGGAGCGAAGUCCUGAGCACAGCAGCGAGGCGAACGGGGAGAGCAACGGCAAGAGCAAGCGCUUCUGCCACGCCCCCACCGGCUCCAGCAGCGGCCUGACCGGGGUGUUUGCGGCCGUCCAGCUCGGCGGUUUCGGUGAAGGGCCGCCCCAAGCCGCCUCGGCCCCCGUGGCGAAGAACCUGCUCAGUGAGCUGGAGGACCCAAGCUGCAAGGGUGACGGGGCGUCGGCCGACUCCAGCCUGGCCUCUUCCCCCGAGGACGACCCCAGGAGGAGCCUGAGCCUCGACUCGGACGGCUCUCUGGAAGACACGUCCGCCCUCUCCAACGGCGACCGCCAGGCCGCGCCCCGGAAGGCCGGCUCUCUGUCGUCGUCGUUUGAGGACGCGGACGAGGGGGCGGGCGGCCCCGCCGUCGCGCCCUGGAGGGGCACCCCCAAGGCGGGCUGGGGUAAUCGGGAGCAGUUGCCCGGGUUUCGGCCUUUGCCGUCCGGUGGGGUCCCGAGGUCCCCUGCUCUACUGAAGCCACGCAACGUGGUGGUGUUCAGGAGUUACUGCAGCUCCAUCGACAGGUCCAACGUGUCUGCCAUCUCGCGCUUCAGCCUGGCGUCUGCGGACGUGAUGGACAUGUCCGCCUCACCCUCCUUCCACAGCCUGUCGGGGACGGUGACUCCUGUACAGAGGAGGAAGACCAGCUCCAGCAGCUCUCUCUUCCAGACACCACAGCAGGCCACCUCUCACACCCCUUUCAGGACGCCAAAGAGUGUCCGCAGAGGGCCCGUGCCUGUUGAAGGGGCACCCAUCCUGGGUACACCAGAUUACCUGGCUCCAGAGCUUCUCUUGGGCAAAGCCCAUGUUUCAGGAAUUGUUAAUUGCGAUUUCAUGGUGGACUGGUGGGCACUAGGAGUCUGCCUGUUUGAAUUCCUGACCGGCGUACCUCCCUUCAACGAUGAAACUCCGCAGCUGGUGUUCCAGAACAUUCUCAACAGAGAUGUCCCAUGGCCAGACGGUGAAGAGGAACUGUCUCACAACGCGAGGAAUGCGAUUGAGAUCCUUCUCACUAUGGACAUGACCAGGAGAGCUGGCCUGAAAGAGCUGAAGGGCCAUGCUCUCUUUGAAGGCCUGGACUGGGAAAACCUCCAGAACCAGGUCAUGCCCUUCAUCCCUCAGCCAGAAGAUGAAACGGACACUUCAUACUUUGAAGCCAGGAACAAGGCCCAGCACCUGGCUGUUUCAGGGUUCAGCUUGUAGAGAACUGGUCAGUGGUCUUCUCCCCACUGUCUUCACAGCAACAACUUAUAAAAUCAGUGGUUAGAUAGAAGAGCUUUAUCAAGACUGUCAAGGACAGUCAAAAUGGAGACUUCAUGCCCCAUGCCCACACUACUAUUGAAAAAUAAUUAGCAAAAGAGAUUUCUAUUAUGAUUAAUACAAAUUAUGAUGGAUACUGAAUAGAUAAAUAUUAACAUUUAUAAGUAUCUUUGCUUCACAUAAAUUGAUAAACACUAAAUUAUCGAUUUAAUCUAUGCAGGCACAGAAAUUCUCAUAUGAAUUCAAAACUUUGUGAUUUAGAAUAUUGUAUGAAAAGGAAACGAGUAGCCAUUUUGUUUUAGGUGUAAAAUAUCUUCAAGUUUCUGCUUGUACUUAUGUACCUGUACCUGUACAUGUUCUGUAUGUUACCUGUAUGUGUUUUAAUAUGAGUGACACCUUUGAAGGUGCCUUUGAAUAGGCCUUCAGUAUUGUGGCAUGGAGUUUUUUUACUGCUCGAUGCCACGUUCAGGAAAUAGCCAACCAUGGCUUAUGUGCAAUUCUUUUAUCUCCUAUUCUUUUUUCAGCUGAUUGAUCUGUUUUUCUUUUAAACGGGCGUUGAGCAAUUUAUACUAUGUAAAGUCAAACUAUAAUGGAUACGAUUGGGCAACAGGUCCAAGGCUUGGACUGUUUUAGGAAUGAAAAGUGUAAUAAAAAUCACACUGUCAACCGUUUUAUAUCAUUAUAAUUCUAAUAUGUACGCACCCAUGCUAAUAAGACUGGUAGUCUACAAACCUGUUUUCAUGAUGGAAACUGGUGAAAUUGAAAAUAAAACAAGUAGGACAGAUGAGCUUUAUCAAGACUAAAAUAAAUAUGAACAUAAUGUCUAAGAAUAAAUGAGUGGAGGGGGAUUAAUAUAUGUAUGUAAUUGGUGUGCAUACUACAUGAAACGAGUCAGCACAAUUACACAUUUAAUAUGCACUAUUUGUGAAAUGGGGUCUAAACACUGGAACUGGGAGUCCGGCAGGCAUUUUCCCCAUCUUUGCUACCGUUAUUCUUAAUAAAUAUAAAGCGUCAAAAGAAAAGCACAAUGCUGACCACAGCCUGAGGGGACGUUGCUUGUGCCAAUUGGCAAAGGAUGCUGAGCCGGAGCUCUUCUUGCUAGAAUAUUCUUCACUCAAGGUUAUUGACUACUGGUGGUGGAGCACAGCACUGUACUUAACGUAGCACCCUCUCCCCUGCCUUCCGAUGAUAAAGUGCCACUGUAGGGCAUCCCCAUUCCAAAAUCAUUGCACAUUUAAUCUGGAGAAACCACAUUAUUGGAGAAAAUCUGGAUCCUAGAAAUCAGAUAUGCCCUUUUUGUAUCCAUAUUAAUAUUUGUGCAUUUUAAGUUGUCAUAUUUAAUUGUUUUUUUGUGUUUUCUUUCCUGUUUGGGUGUACAUUUUAUUUGUGUGACCUGUGCCAAAUUUUACAUUGUUUAAAAUGAAUAUAUGAUUUGUAUUAUUUUUCCAUAGUAUUUUCUUGAACACACUUAUUUCAUGCAGAAAAUGAGCUGUGUCCUGGAGAAGCCAUUUUGGAAGCUGUUUUGUAAAGCCAUUGCUGUCAAAUAUACGGUUCACCAAUUACUCCUCUUCUUUCCAAUACGAACAAGCCCUUUGAAAGAAUGAAACUGGUGAAGGGGAACAAUCCAAUGUUUGAUUCAGAUUCAUUAAAGCCUUUAACAAUUAUUAA